AUGAAUGGUCUCACUGAACGAGUCCUACCAUGUACAGAUUCUAUUUUAAAAUUCGGCCAACCGGGUGCCGGUGCACCUAAUCGUACUAAAUCUGGAAGAUUGAAAACACAAAUAGCGGGUGAUGUGGAUAUUCGUUUUCAGCCUGCUCAAGCAGUUAAAUUAAGUAUAGAAAAUCAAUUAAGAUACAAGAAUACAGAUAAAGAAAAUUACAGAAGUGAACUAGACAAUUUAAUUCAGUCUAAACAAUCUAUUAAAGAACAAGAAAUAGAAUGGAAUAAACAGAAGCAAGAAGAAAUGGUAAGACAUUAA